AACAAUGAGCUAAGCAACCGAUGGUGAUUUGACGUAAGUAUACUGUACCGUUGCCCAAAUAAUUGUACGAGCCAUGUUCGCGACUGCCGUUUCGCCAGUGCACUGCAACAAGUGUCGAACGAGUCGCGUUUGAUUAAUCCCGAAACAGUUGCGACAGACAUGUCAUACACAUGCGGACGUGCGGCGCACGCAGAAGCGGCCCCGCCACGCCGGCAUUAGCUGCGGCGCACGUUCGACGCCGAGGUUCGAGCCCGGAUCCGUGGCAAGAGUGCGCGGCCGAGCCCGGCGGCAGCGCGGAGCGCGAGCGAGCAACUAUGGCCGCGCUCCACGGCGCUCUGGGUCGGUCGAUCUAGGGAUGCUGCAAUCGAUUCGGGCAGCGCGACGUCCGCGCCGGCGGAAUGCAGAAGCGUCCGCGGUAAACAACCAGGGGCCGGCCCGAAAAUGGUUCAUGCCUUGCACGCCUCCGUGAGGUUCUUGGUGCUCUUUGGCGCGGCGUGCUUCCACCCGGCGCAAGUGACACCCAAGGUGGUGGGCACGCCAGCGACGGAGGCCACCACCACGAGCGGGCCGCCACCGUCGUCAGCACCCGUGGCGUCGCGUACAAGCUGCCCUCCGCCAGAGAUCGUGCUCAACGGUUCGCUGUUCCAGACCGACAGCACAGCAGCGCAGCAGUUCGGCAAUGUGUACGAAGUGCGCUUCAUGGGCCUCUUCGGGGGCGCUGCCAAAAAGCGCGCCUGCAAGAUCAAGUGCGUCAACGGCGUCUGGCUCGGACCUUUGUGCGCCGUCGAGAGCGAGGCUGGAGACGGCGGCCGGUUCCACUCAGUGCUGAAGCCGUGCCCCCUGAGGCCCAUGAAGCCUCACCUGGUGGUGCACCACGAGGGGCGGCCCCUCACCGUCACCGGACUCACCCAAAUGGCGCACGAGAGCGUCCUCAGCUUCCGCUGCACACAGCUGGGCCGCUACAAGUUCGUGGGCAACGCGACCGUGCGUUGCCUCAACGGCCAGUGGUCGGCCGCUAUGCCCAGCUGCCUGGAGACCUCGCAGCAGAGCAACUUCUCCGUGCAGGUGCCGCCCACCAUCCUGUAUUCGGUGGAGAAAGGCGACCACGGCGUGUCCGAGGAGGGCGAGCUGGUCGUGUAUCCGGAGACGAACGUGUACCUCUACUGCCUGUACCAGCGCUUCAGCGGCAAUCCGCAGUGGGCCUGGACUUCUCAGAGAGACUACGCCAAGGGCUGGAUCCUGUCGGCCGACGAGAAACAGUGGCGCUACGAGCUGCUCAUUUACAAGGCGAAAGAGCACGACUCCGGGACGUACACUUGCACGACGCCUCGGGGACAGACCAACGAGAUUCACGUCCGAGUCAGAGAUGUAACGUGCCCGCCCAUUGAAGGUUACGGAGACGAGAACCGCGUGACCAGUGACCAUGGCAACCAGAUGCACAGUAAGGCCAAGUUUGCCUGCAUGGAAGGCUACAACCUGGUCGGCUCGGAGGAGGUCGUCUGCAGCCCUUCGGGUCGGUGGUCCGACAAGGCGCCGCAUUGCGUAGUGAUCCAGUGCCCGACGAUACCGAGCGCCAGUCAUCUCAAGAUGAGCACGCACAACAGGACCUACGGUAUCCGCGUGCACUUCAGCUGUCCGUCUAACUACAGGCUUCUGGGACCGCCAUUCGUCACCUGCUGGAAGAACGAGUCCUGGUCGGACACGCCACCAACCUGCGAACCGAUCCGGUGCCGCAGUCCACUACCCCCAGCGCAUGGUCGUGUGUUGUACGGAGGCCGGCAGUACCCGGGAGACAGCGUCCACUACACGUGCAACGCGGGCUACGUGCUGAUCGGCGAGUCUGUCAGCGUCUGCCAGGCAAACGGCACUUGGUCCAACAACUUGCCCAAAUGCAAGCCGGCCUGCGAGUUCCCGGGCCAGCCGGCGCACGCACGCGUCCUGCCGUCCAAGUUUCAUUACGACAUCGGCGAGCUGGUGACGGUGGCGUGCAACGUGGGCUUCCGGCUGCUGGGCUCGGCGCAGCUGCGCUGCUCGCGCGAUGGCCACUGGUCGCACCCGCUGCCCCACUGCCGCCGCCUGGUCCUGCACAAGUAGUACCAGCGCGUGCAAGGGGGCAUCAUCAUCCAGCACAUGUCGCCACCGCACCGGACCUAAGACCCAAAACCCCGCCGCCUGCCAGGCACCCCCGGUUCACAGCACCGUGCUUCGCUGUCUUUCCGUUUCUCUUCUAUUUGCUCGCGUUGCUUUCCGGAGAAAGAUGGUCUCGCGCGGUUUGCGCUACAACAAAUAUGCGUGCCACGAAAGAAACAUGCGACGCCAAGUUUUCCCAAGAGUGAGGUAAAACAAGACGAACGAAGAAAAUGCCGUUUUCAGUUGCGCUGUCAUAAAAAAUUAGUCAAAACGCAUUCCCGAUGCCUCUCUAUGUAUGCUAAGCUUUCUUAGUUUUAUAGAAUGGGACACUGAAACACAAGAGUGGCUUGUUGGCCUAGUUGGCACAUGUUUAUGCUAAGCGAAUACCAGCCACCUUCCUUUCGCUUUGUCUAUGUAUGCUUCUCGAUUUUUUUUUAUUCCUAAUUCGAGUUUGCUGGCAUUCUCUUAGAAUUGAAACGCAACACAUGAUAUGUGCAAUCUGCAGUUCUCUCUAUUUACAGAUUGCGACGUCUGGUUGGUUUCGGGUCGUUUCUUUUCUUCUUGUUCCGCAGCUGCCUGGACCUUCCCAAUGGGUGCCAUUCACAAAUGAGAGCAAGGGUCUUAUGCAGUUUCUUUUAUAUGUUUCAUGACGUCAAUUGCCUGUUUCUAAUUGGUUAGUUCCGAGUACCUCUUCCCACUUAUUUGCGAUAUGCAACUGCUCUUGCUACUGCCGAAAGACUCCAUGCUGACAAUUUCCACGCGCUUAAGUCACUUGCUACGCUGCGCAUACGUCAUAAGUCAUGUGAGUGAACUAAACACAGACGUAGCGCACAACCUUUAGUCAAGCGCCGCGGUCGACUGGGGUUCAUUACAUAUUCAUAGGAGUUAAGGGUGCAGAAAGGGUGCAGGAUAUGUGGUCUGAAUCAGGAACUAUAUAAACCAAUAGAAGAGUACAAUAUUGUGGUAGGUGUCCGCCAGUGUUGAGGGAGCGCGGCGUUUUGACCUGGGCGUACAUCUGCGCAGUCCGUAGCUGUUUAGCAGUGGACCGCAGAUAUUUUGGGAAAAAAGGCUAAGAAAACGUCGCUUUUUAAUAAAAAGGCCACAUAUCCUUCUGAACACUUCGUAAAAUCACUGAUGUACAUUUUGUUCGCUCUACAGGACUGAACGUGUGGGCGGUAGCCAAGGCAGCUCUACGUGUGAGUCCCUCAUGGAUAUCAAUGCGAUGCUCUGAAGACACGUCUUUCUUACAACCAGGUGCUGUUUAACUUAGGAAUGCCAUAGGGCUUCAGUUUUUUUAUCGACCCUUAGAUUUUGCCUAUAGAACAAAUUACCGCGAAGCGGCUACAGUACUGCGAUGAACAUUAGAGGAUAUUGCUGGCGUGGUAUCAGCCGAAUGUUUCGAACUCGGAACCCUCUGCGCAUAGUUGUUCUAUGGGUGCCAUCCGCAUCAAUAAAUGUGCUGGCGACCAUCAGUGGGAGGUUGCGUCGUGCUUAUAUAAGCGGAAUCUAGACAACGCGCAACAACAAAAUGGCGAUCUAUUGCAAGUACGGCCUACCGUUAGUAAUCUCCACACGCUGAGGUCAUGAGAUGAGAUGUGAUCACCUUUUUAAGGUGUCACCCCCGGCUUGGUCUCUCACUAGCUGAUGGAUAUCCUGGUCUCUCUCUCUCUUUCUCUCUCUCUUCUUAUAGGAUCACUUGCAAAAAUUUUGCUUAGAGGUUAUAGCCGUAUUCCGUGCGUAAGUUGUGAACAGAUGUAUUUACCCUCUACGUCAGGAAAGCGUAAUCGCACAUGUCACGCAUGACGUCACAGCUUCACCACCACGGAUAAGACAACUAUCCAUAGACCCUCAAAAUUUUGGCCCACUGUGGGUGCUGUCAUAUGCGCUGUCACUCUCAAUGCCCUUCGGAGAUUCUUUUGAAAUAUUUUAAAAUUAUCUCUAAAAGCUAUCAAUACUUAAAAUAUAUCGCUAUAAACGCUUGAAUAUAAAGUUUUCAAUCUGCAGUAUAAAUUUACCUUUCUAUAGGGGUGUGCGAAUACCGUAUAGUAGAUUUCAAAUCGAAUAUCGAAUCGAAUCAAGAAAUAACAAAGCCGAGUAUCGAAUCGAAUAAUGAAUUUUAGAAUCAUUUUCACAAAACUUAUUGGUUAGAAAAUUGGCCAAAAAAACACGGUGCUGCACAUGGUCGGAAGUCUCCUAACCUUGCAUAACAAUAAUGCAGCAAGCUAUAAGUAGCUAAUGUACUUAGAAAUCAAGAUAUGCAGUACAGUCUGCUCUUAUUGAAGGAACCCCCAAGUGAGUAUGCCAGCACUGAUUACGGCUCAGUUAUAGUAUGUGAAGGUCUGAAAAAUAUUACUUUUAUCAAUAGAAUUUCUGCUGCAUAUAAUCAAGUGCUUUUAUUCUUUUAUAAGUAAUGAAUUAGAGACGUUCCGUUGUACUGAACGCCAAUGAGCUUCUCAGUUUAUUAUUGAACCUGUGCUUUGCGGCAAUCUUUUAUUUAUUGCAUAGAGAGUUUUGCUUUCCGGUUUCCGUCUAAAAUACAGAAGGCCUAACCCUACUUUAUGGCUGUUGGGUUAUCGUAAGGCCAAUCUGCUCGACGUACGAAAGUAUCGCGCAUCACGUGACUCGAUCACCGUUCCGCGCGUAGCCGGCGCCGACGGUAGAGGGCAGCGCCGUUUCAUUGUCCGAUUCGGCGUGAUUUGCCACAUGUGAGAUCAUGAAAUCUAGAGGGUCACGACAAGUUCUCGCGACGCUCGCUACAGAAGGAGACCGAUGUGCGUCAACGGCUGGCGUCGGGAACGAGAGGCCACCGUACGGUAUGUCUCAAAGAUGGCGACCGUGAACAACUUUGGUGCUAUCGCGUGCAUUUGCUUUCAUUUGCGAGGCGGUUUUUUGGCUUUCCGCCUGUUACGAAUGAAUCGGCGUCGACUCGGCGCCAAACCGUAACUUGAGUCGCCGACGCCCCACGAUGCAGGGCCGAUUAAGCCUCAUGGCCUGUAGCAGUGUGGUCGUUGCGGUAACGGGUCGCAAGCGUUCGCGGAAAGUUUGCCGCUAGUAUGUCCGUGCGGGUGGCUCAUCAGUGAUCGGUCCCGAGAUCGCGCGUCCGGGUUUUAUUGACGGCUAGUGAAGCGGCUUGAAGUUCAUCGCUGCUCAUUCAACACGAUCUGCGUGCCAAGAGGCGGCUAAUCGGCCCGAUCUUCGCACAUGUUUUCGCACUUCACGAAAUACGCGCUGUUAUAUUGUCGCCGUUCCCUCUGUCCGCGUCGCGUUAUCAUUUAUGUCGGUCCUGUCGAGCCGGACGAACCUUGCACUGACAUAGGUGGCCCCGGCCGACGUGAUUCCAUUUUGCGAAUUGCCUGUGUGUGCGAUCCUCGCCUCGGUAUGACGUCGGGAAGUGCUUGCAGCGACAGCUAGCGCGUCAGCCGGGGCGGCCGGUCCGCGGCGCUUCUUUUACGCUGAAAACGAAGGGAAACGCCCGGCAUCGAGCUCGAGGGCCUCAGCGGUGCACGCGACCUGUGGCACUGCGCGGGCCUCCACAUCGAAUCUGUCGCUUGUUCGAGAAAAAUUGUAUAGUAGAUAUUCGAUUCGCGAAUCGAAUUAUUCGAACGUUCACUGUUCGAUUCGACUCUGUAAUAUUCGAGUAUUCGCACAUCCCUACUUUUGUCACGUUGAAAAUUUUCCGAGGUGGGUAUUUACGUUCUGCUAUAAGAAGUAUUUUUAUUCCAUACUAAAAAGGGCGUUCUUUAUCUAUUUUUAUUAAUUUAUUGGCUAUUCUUACACAAUAUUUAUGAAAAUGUUUUGCCGAUUAAAAAAAUCACCGCCCCAAUCCUGUCCGGGAAGUUGGUCGAACAGGGAAGCUGUGUUAGUUACACCGAGUGUUACACCAUGCGAUUGAGUAUUAGUGUAAUGUUGUAUUUGUUGAUGGUCGGCGCUGCCGUUUAAACUAGCUCGACAUCUCUGGCGCGCAGCUCGGGGUCGGCCCUACUACGAGGAGCCCGUGCACGAGCCAACUCUCGCUGACGCUCGCGGUAUACGCAGCUUCUUGCUCAGGAGUACGCACUACUCGUGGUCUUCCCAUAGUUGUAGCUGGGAUGGAAUGUGCGGAACCACCAAUUCAAAGCUCCGCAUAACGGGCGCAAGGCCCACCACUGGAGAUGCGGUCGCUGCAAACUUUUUAACGAUUGGUUGGGUUCACAGAGUUUCUAACAAUAUAGUAGAGGGAACUCUGGCGCUGCAGUCGUUGACCCACCAUGGGAAUGAUGGGAAGUACAUGGAUUUGUAUGAUCUUCGUUCUUGUGGAUUCAGACGUCCUUGUGGCUUUGUAUAUUACGCUUUAUAUGCCUUCAUUGUCGUAAAUUUCAGAGCAAUUUAUACUCUUCGAAGUGCAGAAGACGCUGCGAGCACGCACAAUCGCUACUAAUUGCAACGAUUGAGCUUGUCCAGGUGGCCAAAUCGAAACGCGCCAAGCAUCUGAAGGCACUGGCAUGCCCGCGAUAAAUUCAUAGGGGCGUUUCACAUCGCUUGUCGAUGCAUGCGUCUGUGGCAUAAUGGUCUGAAUAUCUGGCUUCUGUACUGUAUAUGUCAUGUGUUCGAAUCCUGACGUCGGACAAUUUCAAUAAUGCUUACUUAAUUAUUUAUGACGCAGUACAGUGUCGAAAAUGACGAGUUUACAAAGUCACGAAGCCGUUUCAGGCCAGAAGGACGAAGUUUAGGCAAAUCCAUGUGCUCCCCAUGCUGGCUCGACCGCUCCCAUUGCAGCUCCCGUAGACACUAGUGCCAGAGUUCCCUCUAAUAAUUAUUCUAUGAAAUUCUAUCGUUGGAUUGGAUUGACGUGACUGCCGGCACCUCUUGCUGGCGCAAGAAGUGCUGGCAGCCACGUGCUCCUAGUAUCGCGUUUCAAUCGCUGGGCAUUGUUCGUUGGCCGCAAACCGCCAGCAUAACAUUUAUUGCUUUCGCGGCAGGGUAGGAUCAAUCGUCGAUAAAUUCUAUGCCGAUCUGGCUUGAUCGCCGAAAAUUCACCGUGUGACAACCGUAUGCGAUUCGCGUAUAAUGUAGCAUUCUCGCAGGAGAUGGACUCACUCCUACCCCCUUUCCCUCUGUGGAGCUCUUCUUUUCCUCUCCCGCUAGGUCACGUGGCUCCUCUUUAGCGAAGUCCCACAACGACGGCCCAGGGUCCGCAUAAACAGCUUUGGUGUAAAAAUGUGUUUCUUGAGUGUGAGCCAAGUCUGUAGAGCUCUGGUUGAUUUGGUUAUAUGACCUCAUUGUACUCGCCUUGGUUUUAUUAAUAUCAUUCGACGAACAGCCCGCACUAGCCCGAGACAAUGGAAGCGCCCGCAACGUAUACAUUGGCACGAUCGUAUGUCGGGACCAGCGCUACAGCAUCUACAUUUUCUCUGUUCUAAUUCUCUCGUUGACAAUCGCGGCGUAUGAUUUGCAACAGUGUACCAACCACACAACACAAUGGACGGCGAAAUGCCUUUUUUUUUUCUUCUUUUCUUUGUAAAGAAGUGAACUCCAGGCAUUGCCGGCGAGAAUAAAAGAAAUGUUACUAUCGAGACUCGGUGUAGCGGCUAGUAUUCCUUUUGUAUAAGCGUAUCAUAAUAAAAGAAAGACCAGAGUUAUGACCAAGUACGCAGUCAAGCUUUUAAUAACAUGAAGAAGAAAGCAUAUUAGAAUAAAAAAAUGUGAAAGCAAAUGUCAUAUUCGUUUCAAAAUCCAUAAAAAGGAAAGCGAAUGCUCCUCUUUUCUUUUUUUUUUUGCAUAUAUAUAUACAUCAUGCAGAGUGCUGCGCUGGAAGGUAUCGCUCGAAUGUCGGCUCACGUAAAAGGAAGUUAUGUAACCCCAUUCUAUCGGAUGGCUGAACAGUCAUCCGUGUAGCUUAUCACUAGAAGUGCUACAGCCUUACAUAAUAUCUCGCUGGGAAGCAAAAAAAAAGCACACAAAAAGAAAUCUCGUUUGGAGGCGUUUCUUGCUUGGGUGUGCGGGCUAAAACGGCGCAGCUGCUCCUAUUCCACGGAUGAUAUACACUUCAGCAAAAAUAAUUUCUCUCUCUCUCUCUUCCUCUCUCCCUCUACAGUGAUCCUUAUAUUUCAACAGGGAGCUGGAAGCUUGUGAAGCUGUUAUUUUUUUAUGCGAGAGAUUCGGUUACUUGUAUUGUCAAGCAGUAAUACUGCACAUGCGUAUCAAUUUUUUUAGCGCAUUAUGUAUAG